AUGUCAUCAGAGAGAACUUCCAAGAUUGGAUCUAAGUACCUGGAAGGCUUGGAUUCAGCAGAGAAGCUUCCACUGGGGGCGUCAGCUAAACUCAACUCUUUAUCUUCGUCACCAACAAAACAUUCAAUAUCCAGCUUGAAAAGAACUUCAGGGUCUUUGAAGGAGAACAAAUCACCAGAUUUAAACAUUGCUACUAAAAAGGAUCUUUCUGAUAUUUCUCCUGUCAAGCGAAUGAUCUUGGAGAAGGAGAGAGCUUUGAGGGAAUUAGAGGAACGUGGUGAAACUCCGUUCACUGGAAUGCCUCCAAAAUCACUAUACCAAUCCACUCAGCUCUCCCCUACAAAAGCUCGAAAUUUUGUAUCCCGAGAUGCGAAGACUUUGAGUAAGAUCAAUGGGGUCGCCGGCAAAGGCAUGUCAAGUUCACCUUCUUUAAAGAAUCUAAACAAACUGAAAAAAAUAGAAACCAAACUACAGGAUAAAGACGUAAAGCACAUAACGGGCACAACGAAUAGAAGGACGACUCUUAUCUAUGAGUAUCUAUGUCGAAUUCUUGAAGCUAAGAACUGGAUUGAGGAGAUUACUAAAGAAAAAAUAUGUGACUCCGACUCGAUCCUGGAUAUUCAGGAAGAAUUGAGAAAUGGAAUAGCUUUGGCAAAGCUCACAAAUGUUUUUGCUCCCGAUCUUGUAGGAAAGAUACACAAUGGCAACAUGGGAAAAUUUCAAUUCAAGUACAUUGAGAAUAUAUCCUAUUUUUUGAAGUUUUUAAACAAAGUCCAAUUACCAGAUCUAUGUCAAUUUGAAACGACGGAUCUUUACGACAUGAAAAACUUCCCACAAGUCAUAUUUUGUAUCCAUUCUCUUAGCAUAAUGCUCAGUCUUAGAAAAAAAGCUCCCAAGAUGGAGAACCUAAGUGGAGUAGCACAAUUUUCUGAUGACGAGAUAAAUACCAUUUCUAACAAGGUCAAGGGUAUGAAAUUACCAAAUUUUUCCAACAUCCACAAAGAGCAUGCAGCCGAAGAUAUUGAGGAAUUGGAUGAAACUUCCAUUUUGGCCAACUUAACUGUUGACAAUGAUCCUUGCGUCAAAGAAUCCUCUCCAGUAGAUACGAAUGACUUGCUGACCGAUCCACUGCUUGAUAGCACUGAUUUGUUUGCCGAUGAUGAAUUUCAAAAGUCUGUUCAGAAAAAGUAUCUGAAUAUGAAAGAGACGAAUCAUGUAGUGAAUACUGAUGACUUCGAAUACCUUGAGAUGAUCACUAAUUUACAAGCCAUGUCUCGAGGAUCUUUAUUGAGAUAUAAGCUAUUUGUUGAUAGGUUCAUGCUGAAAUCAUUUACUCCGAACACUAUCAAACUUCAGGGUUUGGCUAAAGGAUACUUGCUGCGAAGCGCCAACCAGAAGCUUCUUUUAGCUCUUAAUGUAGAGAGCAAAAAUAUCUCUAAGUUGCAAACACUGAUCAGAAAUAAACAGAAUGCAUCCAAACUUAAAAUAGUUAACAAUAAACUCCAACCACAUUUGGAAACAAUUACCCAGCUUCAAGCUAUUAUCAGGGCAGGAGUAUUGAUUAGGAAGCCUAUUCUUGAAAGACAAGCCAAAUUGAAAAGUUUUACUAACAGUAUAAUUUCUUUUCAAAGCUUUAUUAAGAUGAAACUAACUAAACGCCGUACUGAUGAUGAAGUUAAGACUUUAAAACAAAUUGAGCCAUGUAUUGUUAAUUUGCAAUCUAUUGCCAGGAAUCGAAUUUUCAACAGAGUUCAGCGAGCUUCUUUGUCAACAGUCCUUUCGAAUGAAGAUGCUUUGAAAGGUCUUCAAUCUAUUAUUAGGGGUAACAAAUUGAGAAAUGAAACCAUUACGUUGAAUUUAGAAUUGCGUUCCCAUAGAAGUCAGAUUAAAGAGCUGCAGACAAUAGCCAGAGGUGGGAUUUGCAGAAACAGAUUGAAUUUUAUUCUAGACACUUUGUACUAUGAAGAGCCACUUGUCGAGUCUCUUGUUAGCAUUGCUAGGGGUAAAAGGGCUCGAUUGCAUGUAUCAAAAAUAUCCCUUGGUCUACAACAGAAUAUCAGCUCUGUUAUCACAAUUCAGUCUUCAGUUAGAGGUGUGCUUAGUCGGUUUGCUCAAGAAUUAGUACUGGAUGAUUUAGAAUACCAGGAGUCCAGUGUGAUAGCACUUCAAUCAUUACUGAGAGCUAGGAAGAUUCAAUCAAAGAUAAAGUAUACAUACACUUACUACAACCGUCCUGAAAAUGUAAGGAAAAUUAUAAAAGUUCAAAGUUACUUAAGGACGCACACGCAUUCCAAUGCCUACAAUGCUCUAGUAGCAUUUUCUGAUCCUCCCUUUCGGGUUGUGAAAAGUUUCAUUCACUUGCUACAGGACAAUGACAAGGACUUUGACGAGGAACUUGAAGUUCAAAGGAUGAAAGAUUUGAUCAGCCGAAAAAAUCAAGAUAUUACCAAGCUUGAAGAGAUGCUUGUUCAGCUUGACGUGAAGAUCGACAUGCUAAUGAAGAACAAGAUCACUCUUGAUGAACUUGUAAAGCACGCAGCCAAUGAUAAGACCAAAAAAGGACAAUUCACAAGCAGUGUGGGAUCUGCUAAGUUAGAUGAACAGCUGCGAAAGCUGGAUAAACCAGCUAGAGACUUGAUUGGCUGGUAUGAAAAGUUUUUCUAUCUUCUUCAAACGAAUCCUGAAUAUCUAACAAGAUUAUUUGAUGUGAUGCAACAGCAUGGCUUAAGAUACGAGAUUUCAUUGGAUGGUAAUAUUGAAUCAUAUGUCCUUACCUGUUUUAACUUUUCUCAGAUUAACGUCCAGUCCUUUACAUUGAAGCCUACUCGUGAAGAGUUCCUUCUUAUGGAAUUAAUUUUGUUGAACAUUAGUAAGGGAAUAGAGUCUUUCAAAGAUGAUCUAGAACAAUUUAAAAAAUUCACGGCACUAGAGAGUCCUAAAGAUUUGGUUCAAUACAGCUUUGUAUGGGAGCACGUCUUAAAAGAGUAUAAUAACUUGACUCAUCAUCGAAUCGUAUUGAAAAAAUUGUACGGAGAGAGAGUAAAGCAGAUCAUAGAUGACUCUCGGUUGGAUUUGGAAUCGGUUCCUCUGACAAUAUUCAGAUCUAUAAUUGCAAAGGAAAUCGAGGAACAUGGCUCAUCGAUUGAAUCAGAUGAAAACAUGAACAACACUAAAGCAAUUCAAGACCCUAGAGUCCGUGAUAUAUUUGUGGACAAUUUGAGCAAUCUGAGAGAGCUCGCUAAUAACAUGUUGUUAGACAUUGAAGCCAGUGUUCCAUCUAUGCCAUUGUAUAUUCGUACAAUGUUAAAGGAAGUCUACCUUAAGAUUAAAAGGCAGUUUCCUAGAGAAUCAGAAAGAUUUUACUUAAGUUACAUCGGUAAGAUCUUCAUGAAGAACUACUUUUUGCCAAUAUUGUUCAAACCAGAAAUAUACGGUCUUUGCCCUAAUGACUUUGCCAAAUCAAAGGUUGGAAACAAAAAGAUUAGGCAAAAUUUGAUAGAGCUAGCAAGGGUCAUGAUCCAACUCGUUUCUAUGCGCUCCUUUAGUACGAAGAAUGUUUAUCUUCAGCCACUGAAUGACUUUAUUGAGCAGUCCGUGGAACUCACAAGAAGAGUAUUACUGAAAAUCAUCGAUACCGAAACGCUAGAAGGAUCCUAUGGUCUGUCUCCGUUGUACCAUGAUAUCAUUUCAAAUGAGAGACCGAUCCUGGAAAUUGGGGUGAACGAUCUGCUAAGUAUUGUGGAACUGGUUACCAAUGACCUGGAUGUGAUUGCGCCAUCCUUGGACGACUAUUUGAGAACUUGCAUCGAAGAAAUGGUUCUGCUAGGCAGCAGCAUUAGGUCGGUUCAGAAACCAGAACUCACGCUAAGACUGAAUCCCUCAACUAUUCAACCUGAAGAGAAUUCACAUAUUAAGGUCCUAUGGCUAAAUACUAAGAAGAAUUUGACGUAUAUCAUCCAGGUUCAAGACAGUGACGAUUUGUUGGAUAUGCUGAUUGCUCCAAUUGAGCCACGCCAUGAUCUUAUUUUCCAAAAAUUGAAAGAGGAUGAGUUGUCCAGGGAUACAGACAUUACCAUCGAAAGUAGCAAUGGCUCUCGUAAACACUUGAAAGAUAUAAGCUUCAGAGAGUUAAAGACUAUUACUUUGGAAAAUGUAUUAAAAUUGGAAUCCACAGGAUCCAUAACCAGAUCUAACUGCUUCCAGGAUCUACUCAAUGAGAUUGCAAAUGAUAUUAAGAAUAAGCAUGAUCAAAGACGGGAAAGAGGUAGUCAGCUAAAGAUGAUUCGCAGUGCACUCCAGAGCCUCAAAGAUAAGGAAAGACAACUACAGAAUGAGCUGGAUUCAUACAAUAACGACAUUGAGGAGGCUAUUCGAAAACGGGCCUUAAAGAAGUUAAAUGGAGGCUCAAUACCUAAGUUUGGAUCUUUCAAGUACUCUUCAAAAUAUCUUUUUGAAAACCGCAUCCUACUGGAAAUUAAUGGUGUUACAGAUAAGCAUAAAGGAGUCCCAGUCAAAUAUGAUUUCCUCUUCUCCUGUGAUGAAGUGGAGCGCUUCAGAAUCGAAGUCGCCAAUGAUAUGAACAUCGUAAAAGGAGGGGUUCAGAAUUUGACACUCGACUCUCUUUUAAAAUUACAGCAAGAUAAACAGGCAACGGUAACCUACUUCGACAUAGGAGCCAAGUUCAACGUAAAUUUAUUGGUUGCGUUCAUGUUCCGAAAGUUUUAUGAGGUCAAAUAG